GGGCGGGGCACACCUGCGCGGUUCGGGCGGUGAGUUCGCACGGGGCUAGGUGUCCGGGGCCGCCAGACCGGGCUCGGGAAUCAGGAAUAGAUUCCGGGAGUGUCGCUGAGUGGGGUUGCGGGCGGGCCUGACCGGCCUCUGUCUUCAGCGCGGGAUGCGGUGACAGCCCUGAGGGACCAUGGCAGCGGCCGACGAACUGGCUUUCCACGAGUUUGAGGAAGCCACUAAGCUGCUGGUCGAGACCCCAGAUGCGGCCACCACCAGCAGAAGUGAUCAGCUGACCCCACUGGGGCACGUGGCUGUGGCCGUGGAUUCAGGUGGAAGCUUUGGAGCUGAAGAAGAGGUUGAGGAGAGUGACAAGACCGCGCUCCUACAGGAAGAGAAGCCGCAGCCUGGAUUCUGGACCUUUGACUACUAUCAGAGCUUCUUUGAUGUGGACACCUCCCAGGUCCUGGACCGGAUCAAAGGCUCAUUGCUGCCCAGGCCGGGCCACAACUUUGUGAGGCACCAUCUGCGGAAUCAGCCAGACCUGUAUGGCCCCUUCUGGAUCUGUGCCACACUGGCCUUUAUCUUGGCCAUCACUGGCAACCUGACAGUGGUGCUGGCGCAGAGGAAGGACCCCUCCGUCCACUACAGUCCCCAGUUCCACAAGGUGACUGUGGCUGGCAUCACCAUCUAUUGCUAUGCCUGGCUGGUGCCUCUGGCUCUAUGGGGCUUCCUGAGAUGGCGCAAGGGCACUCGAGAGCGCAUGGGGCCUUACACCUUCCUGGAAACCGUGUGCGUCUACGGCUACUCCCUCUUUGUCUUCAUCCCCACCAUGGUGCUGUGGCUCAUCCCCAUCCCGUGGCUGCAGUGGCUCUUCGGGGCCCUGGCCCUGGCCCUGUCAGCCGCUGGCCUGGUGUUGACCUUCUGGCCCGUCGUCCAGGAGGACGGCAGGCUGGGGGCCACGGUGCUGCUCUCCGCUGUGGUGCUGCUCCACGCCCUCCUUGCCAUGGGCUGUAAGUUUUACUUCUUCCAGCCACUGCCUCCAGAGCACGUGGCACCUCUGCUCCAGGCCACGUCUCUGCCCCCAAACACGCUUCUGCCGCCCAACCUGCUGCGGUCCAAGACAACCUAGGAAGGCCCGAGCCUGCAGGACUUUCUCUCUUUCAGGCCCAAAACGUGGGGACCUCUGCGUGUCCUGCCCCUAAGACGAUGACUGAAGUCUCCCUUGACACCUCAAGAUCACUCUGCUACUUCCCAGACUUUUCUUACAAAGCAAACACUUUUAUUUCCUAUGCAAAGGUGAUUCAGAGAAUGUACAUAAAGGUGGGAGGGACAGCUGAGCAAGGAGCUUCCAGCACGGCUGCUGCCUGCAGGCCACCUGCCGGGCCUUCUGCCUCCCUGACAAGGGGGCCAGGGGCGCCUGGGAGCUGCCCCAGCCUCACUGUGCUGCCUUUGUGGGACACAAGUAGAAGAAAAUCGCCUGUGCUGAACCAUACAUUUCCUUGUUUAUUUUUUUUUUUUGAGUUAUUUUUUUUUCAGAUUUUUUUUUUUUGGAGGGAGAGGUCCCUGCAAGGCCCCUUCCCACCCUAGGGAGGGACCAAAAUGCCGUCACGGCAGUAGGGACUGGAGCAUCUACAGAUACUGAGGGGGAAACACACAGGCCUGAUGUUGGCUACAAAGAAAAAGGACGCCUUCCACGACAGGUCCUUGAGGUUUGCGUCCACCCCAAGCAGACAGGCCCCUUCCCUCUGGGGCCCCUGGGGCCGCCUAUUCUAGCUCUUGGCAGGGGUCGGGGAGGGGGCCCUGCAGGGGCUCGGGCAGGACAGCAGCAAGAGGCAGGGGCCGAGGACGGAGGGCCUUCCCGACAGUGGGGUGGGUUGUACAUUCAAGUGUGAGGUGAACCCUUUGGUGGGAGGGGCCGCCGGGCUCCAGAGGCCCGGCCCCACCUGUCCUGAGACUGGCAGGGCCACCCCUCGCCACUAACCUCUGAGUCGGGGAGAGGGGUUGCUGGCUCGGCCCGGCCGGCCUGGUUGCUCAGAAGGUCUGUGGAUUGACACUGGUUCUUUUCGUAAAAAAAUAAAAUUAAAAAAAGCAGCA